GGAAGCUUUAGCGUCCAGGCCCCGCCCCCUCGGCCCCGGAAGUGAUUGGCGGCCCCCUUUUCCGGUGAGGAGGAGGAGGAGGAGGAGGCUGCCGUUGCCGCCACUUGGGCCAGAGCCGGGGCGCUGCCUCCGGGGGCCGGGCCGGGCGGGAGGAGCCGGGCGAUGGGCAGCGGGCGGGAAAGCAUGAGCGGCUUCCCUCGGCAAGGCGCCCUCUCGGGGCUGGGUCACCCGGAAACGGAAGACAAGGGCUGCCUGCUGUCCGCCUGGCUGUCCGCGGGAGCGUCGGUGGCGGCGGCGGCGGCGGCGGGAGGAGGAGGAGGCGGCGGCAUCGUCGGCGGAGGCUCCGGGGCUGCCCCACCUCAGCUCGCGGCCCGUGCGCCGCUGGACUCCGCGUCGGCCCGGCCGCUGUUCCCUGCCUCGGCCCGGGCAGGGCGGAGAGCGAGGGGCCGCGGGCGGGGUCAGUGCCAGCGAAGGGGGUCCUGGGGCGGGCUGGCGGGGGUCGGGGGUUGGCUGGCCGGGGGGCGACCACGGCUCCCCUCCCCGCCGCCUUGGCGGUUCUCUGAGGCGGCGGGCGGGUUGCUGAACGGCUGGGGGACCGGGAGAAGGGAGCCGCUUCGCGGUUUGGAGUGCUUGAAAGGGGGGCGGAAGUUCAGUCAGGUUUGCGGAGGGUGAGGUGGUCGGUGCCCCUGCGGAACCUCCAUGGUCAGAGGCAGCAUCCUGCUGAACGCCAGAAGCUGGGCACAGACAGCAUAGUGGGUAGGGGGGGUGCCUUCAUGCCCAGCUAGUGGUGCUCUCUACAGUGGUACCUCGGGUUAAGUACUUAAUUCGUUCCGGAGGUCCGUACUUAACCUGAAGCUGUUCUUAACCUGAAGUACCACUUUAGCUAAUGGGGCCUCCUGCGGCUGCGCCAUCGGAGCACGAUUUCAGUUCUCAUCCUGAAGCAAAGUUCUUAACCUGAAGCACUAUUUCUGGGUUAGCGGAGUCUGUAACCUGAAGCAUAUGUAUCCUAAAGCGUAUGUAACCAGAGGUACCACUGUAUAGGCAUUUGGCCCAUAGCCUGAUCUGAUGGAGUUUUCCUUAUGGGCUUAAAUGGGUUCCUCCUUUCGCUUUUUCCCCAGGGCCAAGGGAUGCAUAUGCUUCCCCACCGAAUUAUCCUCUUCUUUCAGUGUACAGCUUUUAAGUGCAUUGCAGUUCUCCUGCGGGCCGCACUCCGAAUGCUGAUAAAAAAUCUUCCUCACGCCAAUUCUAAACUGUGACUUCUUGAACUGCUGUGGUUUUGUGCGGGGAGGGCAUUUGGGUUACAUGGAAGCAGGUGGCAAAACAGAGUUCCAGAAAGGAGAGGUUUUGUAGUAGGUGGAUCUUGCCCACUGGAUAAGUUGCUGCUUUGUUUUUAUAUUUUCUUAUAUGUUCUGAGGAGGGGGGUCCUAAUGUUUUUAUAGUUAACAUUGGAUAAACAUAGCUUAGCAUUGCAAUAUAAGAGUUCUUGCUCCCCCACAAUCAGAAUUGUAAGCAGGGUGUUUGUAUCUGCAACUUUCUGUUUCUUUUUUUCUUUGCUGGAGUCUGACCCUUAAAAGCACCUCAUCUUGCUCUCUAGGCCUUUCAGGGGCACAGGUCCUAGUUUGCAAUCUGUAUUGAUGUAUCAGAUGUUAGUAGCUAGGCCCCUGAAAUAUGGCACUUGAGUACGCUUAUUUCUGUAUAAGGUACUAUCCCUUCUCUGUAUCUUGUUUAAUUGUCCGUAGUACUUUAUGGUCCAGCCUGAGUCAUUAGGGCAUGUCAUUUUAGAAGAUGAAACUUAAUUUUUGCAAAUUUGUUUAGUGAGGAGUCUUAAAAAUAAGUUUUUGGGUGCAAAGAAUUUAAAUCUAUUAUUUUUGUGAUUGGACAACAUUUAAAUUACUUUUUGAAAACAUUUUAAAAAAAUUAUCUUCUGAAAAUGUCAGGUAAUAUAACUGCAGGUGCUUGACAAUCAUUUUUAAUGAUUUCUAUACAAUUUUGCACACAUACUACUUUCCAAGCAAAACUAAAAUAUAUUAAUUUAACCAAAAUAUAUUUUGAGUUCCCGGGUCCUUGCAGCUUUUUAGCACCCCUCAUUUUUUGAAUCUGAAAGUUGAUAAAUUAAACACACCCUCCUGAGGCAUGCCCAAUAAGUUUGGUUUGCUUUGAACAGUCAGUGAUAUCAAGAAUAAUGUUUCUUAAUAGCUUUGUUGCUCCAUACUUAAUCCUUAGUGGUAAUCUUUGAUGGAAACCCUUGGGAACUCUGUAAUUAUAAGUUGGAGAUGAAUGAAAUUUGAAUAUGUGACAGUAUGUUAGUAAUUAAUGUGGUCUUUCUGCAGAUUAUUCUUAAAUUAUCUGUUUUGUCAGUAAAUACAAACUUUGGUUGGAAAGUUUGUUUGUUUUACUUAAAAGUUGCACUGGUAACCCUUGAUGGGUGACUGGAGGUGAGAAAAAGGUUUAUUUGGCUUAUCUUUUACAACAGAAAUAACUUUCCCAUAUAAUCCCAUUCUAAAGUUACCACCAAGGAAGUGUGCAUAGGAUUGCAACCGUUGUUCAUUAGAGGUCAUUGGGAGGCCCGUGUUGCAUGUUUCGUAUUAGAAAAUAUGUAUGCAUUAUCAUAUUAAGUAAACUUUCCAUUGUGGAAGUUGUGCUGUGGUGUAAAACUCAAAUUUUCUCCAUGUUUAUUUUGGAAAAUUCUGUAAAACUGUCUUUCCUUAGCUGUUGUUCUUACUUAAAUUAAGGCUCAACUAACAUGACUUCUUGGCAACACUCUACUGGCAUGUAUUUCAGAUGUAUAAUCAUGAAUGAUUGUGGGUGGCCCUGGACAUGGCUUUAAAAAAAAUGAAAAUAAAGCAACAUUUUCUUGGCAGGUCUGUCAUACAAUGUAAAGGGUGUAUGAUGAGGUGGAACACCCAGGACAUACCUAAGGAUGUCAGUUGUGUUUUAUAAAAAAAUCACCAUUGCAUGUUCUGUUUGGGAUUUUCUUUUAAUACUCUAGCUCUUGCAGUGAGGCUUUUUCAAAGGCCUCCAAGACUGAAGGAAAAAUUAAGAUUGGAUGGCAUUAAUCAAGCAUAUCCUAUUUUAGAGAGUUGUGUACUAGCAGCAUGGGAGUGACUACAAACAGGGAGCCCGGACCCAGGACUUUGGCGUUCUGUUGACACAUCUGGGAGAGGGGAAAGGUUUUUUUAUGUCCUGUUGAUCUCAGAGGAUUCAGAGCUAAGAGACAUAUCCUUUGGCUGAGCAAAGUCAGCAGAACAUUUGGGCCAUGUGGCCCCACCUCAUUGCAUCCCAAUGGGCUGAAGCGAAUGAGACCUCUUUCGAACUUCCAGUAUUCAGCAAUCAUUAAAAGACUUCAGAAUGAUCAAAUGCAGGCUUCUUUAUCUGCUGCCUGUGUCCUCGGUUGUUAGGGAUUGUUCUGCAGUUCUGUCAUCCAAAGUUCCGCACCAAGGAAGGUGUUCGUUUUGUUUAAGAUUUUGGUAAGAUUGCAACCAUGCGCAUUUGUGCAACAUCUCCCUUUCUGUAUUUUCUUUGUCAUCUGGGCAAAGUUUCAGGAGAAAAGCGAGAGAAACAUGAAGGUCCCGUCCCCUGCGUCUGCCAUGUUGGUCUGAGUAGCACAAAAUUCUCAUCUUUCUAUGAAGCCCAUGGGUGGGAUUCAACUAACAACUCCUAUUAGCUUAAGAGAGCUUCACCCUCCAUCCUCAUCCUCCAAAAUUGUCUCAGGCAGAUGUUGGGAGAACCCCCAAAGCAGUGCACUGGAAGGAAGAGUGAAAAUUUUGGAUAAUUUGGAACAUCAGAGCAUAUUAGCAGCCCCCAAAUUGCUUAGCCAGGUCAUGGAGUGUCAGGAGUAGAGUUGGGGCUGUCUUGAAAUAAGAAAGUCACUGUGUCUCAGUAGUAACAUAGAAAGGUUCCCCGGUUUAACAUCAACCCUUCUCUGUUUUUAUCUCCCCCAGCUAGAAUGGAAGAAUCUCACUUCAACUCCUCCCCAUAUUUUUGGCCAGCAGUGCCCACAGUCUCAGGACAGGUAAGGAGUAAACAAGCAGCAACAUGCUUCAUGCAGUGUUUACCCCGUAGCUAUUCUAAACUCUUCCCCUUUCCUCCUUCCCGCUGUAGAUUGACAACAGUAUGUUCAUUAACAAGAUGAAGGAGCAGCUCUUGCCCUCAGAGAAGGGCUGUGGUCUGGCUCCUGCCCACUAUCCCACCCUACUGACUGUACCCACCUCCGUGGCCCUUCCCACCAACAUUUCUAUGGAUUCUGACACCAAGCCAGAACAGCUAACUCCACACAGUCAGGCUUCUGUGACGCAGAACAUCACUGUGGUGCCUGUGCAGUCUGCUGGGCUCAUGACAACAGGUGAGAGGACUGGGAGGGUGCAGUAGCAGUGGAGGGGUGCAGCUCAAAGAAACGGUGUUUGGGCCGUCCUUGGUCAAAGAGCAAGGCUAAUCCUUGUCUCAGGUGGUAAAAAAAGAAGAGCAUGCUGUCCGAAGGCACAGUAUGGCCUGAAUGCUUCUGUCCCAUAAAAUACCUAUCUACUUCUUGCCUAGAUGAAUGUCUCGGUUUCAGUCCUGUACAGUCGUACCUCUGAAGUCGAAUGGAAUCUAUUACAGAAGUCCUUUCAACUUCCUAAACAUUCAAAAACCAAGGCGCGGCUUCCGAUUGGCUGCAAGAAGCUCCUGCAGCCAAUUGGAAGCCGCAGAAGCCAAACUGGAUGUUCAGGUUCCAAAGAACGUUCUCAAACCGGAACACUCACUUCCGGGUUUGUGGCGUUUGGGAGCCAAAACAUUCGACUCACAAGGCAUUCGGGAUCCAAGGUACAACUGUAUUGUUUGUGUCUUUAUUACACCCUUCCUCUGAGAAAUACAAAUUAUCAUACACAAAGAGGUCUACCAAAGUUGUAUUCACCAGCUCCCAUGCAUCUUGUCUACUUGGCUGGGGAUGGAGGGGGGAGUUUGCAUCUCAGUUCUGAAGGUCAGCCCAGCUGUUCUCAGGCAGCAAUGUCAAGUUCUCCUUAUACAGUUUUACUGCCCAGAAGCAGGAAAAGCCUGGAAAAGGAGGUCCUAGUUAGGCCAUGGGUUGCCCAGGCUCUUUGGGUUCUUUUGGCAUGCAGCUGUCAACAAUCCACAGCCUUCCUCAGCUUUGGAGCUGGGCAGGGUUGGGAGGUCACCAGCAAACGAUCUCCACCCACCAUUGCAGCUUCACAAUUGAGAGUAGGGCUGGGCAGUAAUCUAGUUUUCACCAUUGUGAUAUAUCACCAGCUAAACAUCGCAAGAUACUGAUAUAUCAGUGUCUGAAAUAAGAAUGGAGCAAUGUAGAGGCAUUGGCUGGCUGCAUGGUUUCCCCCACAUUGUGCUUUUUGCAUCACACACACACACACACACACACACACACACACACAGAUUCACAAUAUAUUGCCAGUUCCAAAAUAAUGAAAUCAGUAUCAUGAUAUGGACUUGAAACCAGUUUUGGACGAGGUUUGGGGUAAUAUAUCAAUAGAUCACUCAGCCGUAAUCAAGAUAAAUGCUGGCCACUUGUCAUGCUUGCCAAAAAAGAGCCCCACAGUCAUUGUGGUGGUGAGAUUUGUUGAAACCCAACAUUCAGUGCUCUUCCUCUCCCCACCCCCCUUUAUCCUCGCAGCAACCCAAGUCCUAGUCCGACUCUUAAUUACUGCAGCAUAUGGAAUGCCUUAUGUGACAGAACCGUUAAACGUACAAGUCUUCCUUUCCUUGGACAUCUUGAAAGAUGGAGUUGGAAUCUGACCCUUCCCUUUUUCCUCAUUGCAGGUCCCGGCCUGGUGAUCACUUCUCCCUCUGGGUCUCUGGUGACCACAGCCUCUUCCGUGCAAACCUUUCCCAUCUCUGCACCAAUGAUUGUCUCAGCGCUUCCCCCUGGCUCCCAGGCAACUCUCCAAGUCAUACCUGACCUUUCCAAGAAGGGGGCCACAGCUCUUUCAGAGGGUGGGGCAGCUGGUGGCGCUGGAGGUAUAACCCCCAAAGCUCCUCGUGGUCGGAAAAAGAAGCGGCUACAGGAAUCUGGCCUGCCAGAGAUGAGUGACCCUUUUGUGUUAUCAAAUGAGGAUGAUGAAGACCAGCACAAAGAUGGCAAGACAUACAGGUGUGGUUAUGGGACUCAAAGUUGCAUAUGGGCAGCUAGUGUGCGUUUGAAUUUUAGACUUCAUUGGUUCUGGUUUAAUCAUGAUCUUGGCAGAAGGGAAAUAAAAGAGUUGCGGUAGUGUUAGAUGAGGGACACCAGAGAAAUGCUUACCUGUCUGGUCUUGAGGAACACAUGUUUGGCUUGUGAACCAAAAGUCAUAGCAUGGCUCAAGGGCCACUCUGGAAUUAGCAAUAAGAAGAGCAACCAAUCCUGGAAUAAUUGAAUAAAUGGUUAAUUACAGGGGGGGGAAUGGGGAAUAAGUUACAGAAGCAGCAUUCAGAUAGGACCAGCAACUAUUUGAGUCGAUCUCUAGAGGAUCAGGACAUAAAGAAUGAGAUGAAGCAAUGUGUUGGUGCCAUGGUAAUUGUGGAAAGGGGACAGUGAUAGAUGCCAGAAAUACAUUGCAUCCCUUAUAAGGCUUUUAUAGGGGAUGCCAUGGGGUGAUGGUUGUUUUUUGCAUCUGUCACUAAAAGGUAGAUAUGCUUCAGGAGAGAAAGAAGAAUUGGAAAGGGAAAAGAACCUAAGGCACAGGUGUUGCCUAUUCCAAGAUGGUGGGAGAUGCUAAGAAUCAGGAGGUUAUCCUCUGGUCUAAGGCUUCUUGGGCUUUCCUUUGCUGCAAGUUUGUGAUAGGAGAACUGGGGUGAAACAAAGCUUUUGUAGAUCACUUUAACAUCCCCUUAACUGGAGAAAGAACAUGAGGCUAUGCAUUCCAUUAGAAACCAAAACACAACUAAAGUUAUAAAACAGAGAUGUAGGAGGAAAAACUGGAGGGGGAAGUGGAGAAAGAGAAUUGGGGGCUGGGGAGGCAAAGCUACCAAUUUCUGGACUGACCUCAAUCAGAUGAGCUAAAACAGGACUUUAAAUCCACUUUACUUCUCAUAGAUUUCAUACUUCAAUGAGGGGUUUGCCCAAAUCAGUGGGGGUGGAGGGUACCUAGAGAGCUAGUAAUAUCUUAAGUUUUUCUGCCACAGAUGCUGAGUGCAAAGGUUUGUUUAGUGCAAAACGAGUUUUGUCUAUACAUCAUGAGUAGAGGUUUCUAGUUUUGAUGGAUGCUAAUGCAUGCUAAUGUGUUGACUGCUGGUUGUAGUGUCUGACAUACAGAGUUUUCCUUUGCCAGACCUCUAAGCAGGCUUGUUAGUGAUUACACCCUAGGUUGGUUGAUUGUGUUAGGGACCAGACCAGGAGGAAAGUAUCUGCAGAUUUUGGAGUUCUCGUACCUCUUUGCAAAACUGGUAAAAGAGUCUCUUGGAAGUGAAUGUGCUAAAGAAGGAAAUCAUGGGGCUGCUUCCUUAUUGUCUUGGGUGCCUUAGCCUAAGCUUAACAUCUCAGCCUAAAUGGAGAUUUGAAGUCAAAUGUGGCCAUGGAAAAAGACUGGGAAGUUGAUUUCCUUGAUAACCAUGGUUGUGUCCUUCUAAUGCUUGAUUGGUCUGUUUGUUGCCAGUGAAGGUGCCCAGACAGAAACAAGUUGCCCUCAGUUCCCAGGAUUAUAUUCCAUUGUUAAAAUAAAGUAUUGGACUCUUGAGAGGCUAGUGCAAAUUGCCUGGGGCUAUAAUUUUAUGCUGAGAGCAUCUUUAAUUCCAUCUGCUGCAAGUCUUGUGUAAAUAUGAGAUACUGAAUAGCCAUACUUUCUUUGUCCUAGGGUGGAUUCUGAAUAUUUGAUACUUGUAGUUUCAGUAUAUUGGCAUAGCUGAACUAUUGCUCUGACUGUUCUGUAAUUCUGAGGAAUUUGUCUCUCGAAUAGCAAUUCCAGUUGUCUCUCGUGCCGAGCUCUUGUAACAUGUGGUGUGGCUGAACAGGUUGUGCUUGUGUGGGGGUGUUUGCUGUCUGUACUACAGGGUUCUCAUCCAUGUAAGUAAGAUGGUCUUGCAUACUAUAUUUAUUUUUACUAAGUAGCAUGAAAUAGUUUGCUGGAAUCCAGGAUCAUUACGGUGCAUUGGUACAAGCCAGCUCAUUUUGUCUUGAACUUGUGCUGAGGUUGUUCUUAGUUCUGUUUUACCGUGUCCUGUUAGUUUUGCAACUGAAUUCAAAGCAGGAUUUGUGCUGCUGGCACUCUAUCCUUUUACUUCCAUUGUUGACUUCUGUAGCUGGUGAGGGCUGCUGUCCUAGUUUGCUUAUUAGCGUCUCUCAAGUGUUUCCAAAUGAUAAUGGCUUGGCUUGUCCUCUGUGGCCAUAAUCCAGCAAAACUAUAUGACUACAUUGGGGCAAGGCGGCAACUUGUAGUUUCUUAAUGUGCUUAUAGUAGUUUAUUAGGACUGUUGAAGAAGCAAAUUGCUUUUCAGAAUAAAAUGGAUUGUUUCUUCAGUAUUUGUCAUUUCUACCAAAGAAACUUCUUACUCCUUGCUCCAGUGCAGUACAAAAUAUGGAGGCUCUGACAUUGAUCAGAUGAUCAGGUGUGAUUGCACAGCACAUUCUCAUUGACAACGUUCCGGCUACUCAAGGAGCAAGAGCAUUAGAAUGUUUUCAGCCCAACUUUGGUUAAAAAGGGGGAAUGUUGCCAAUUCUGCUGGGUUAAAAACUUGAAAGCCCUUGAGGGACGGGCUGAAGAAUGGUGAAAGGGGUCAAGGGAGAGGAAGCCCAGAAGCAAAGUGGCUGAUGGAAGAGUGCAGAGUUGGUGAUGGAUUGAGAAAUCAGAGGCUGAGGGAAGAGCAGGUAAGGGAGGAUGGCCUAGUGAGCAAAGAAGUCUUGGAGUUGCAGGAAGAAAGGGCUAAUGAAAAAGGGAGAUAUCUCUGCAUCAAGGGGGGGUAUGUGGCAUAGGGAAGGAAGGCGGGAGUGGUUAGAGCAGCGUUUCCCAAACUUGGGUCUCCAGCUGUUUUUGGACUAGAAUUCCCACCAUCCUUUACUACUGGUUUUGCUAGCUAGGGAUGAUGGGAGUUGUAGUCCAAAAACAGCUAGAGACCCAAGUUUGGGGAAAACUUGUGUUAGAGCAAACAGAACAAAGAAGCAAGUGGGCUGGAAAGUUGCAACUUAAGGAAGCAAUUAUUAUUGGUUGGGUAUAAUAAAAUGGGGCAUCAGGGAAGAACCAAGGACAAAGUAAGAUGUAGGGGAUAAGGAAGCAGAUGCACGAUUGAGCUUUCAGAGCCUGGGGCAAUGGGAUUGCUAGACCCUGAUAGGCCUGCCUGCACCUUUUAAGAAUCGCAUAGGAGGUGAGUUCUGUCAUUUGUGACUUACUAUCACUGCAGCAUUUCACAUGACCCCACUAAGGGGACAAGGACAGACUAGAAGUAGUGGUGGCAGAUUGGAGCUGCUGUCCUGUAGAAGGGAAGCUUAAAAGGGUUGGCAUUGCUGUAACAGGAUAACUGCUGCCUACGCAGGUUCGUUGGAUCUUUUCUCUUAAUCUGUACCAAUUGGACCCAAUCUCUGGCAGCAAGUACUUCAGCCCAAUUUAUAAGCUAAUAUUCUGUGGUGGGUGUGAGAUCUCCACCACAAAGUGUAACUGAUUUUUCUCCCAACUAUAUCCCCCUCCACUAAACUUUGAUUAUGAAAAUCUUCCUCUCUGUUGACCAGGAUCCCUGGGGAGCCUAGAACUUCAUGGUUUGCAGGAUGUGCUGGCUGCGUUAAUACUUGGUAUAGUUGUCAGAGCUUGGACUUCCCAGCUUCUGGUUUCGUUCAUGGAAAAGAUCACUUCAAGUUAGUACUGAUAUUCAAAACUGUGGUUGUUUCUGAGUGUUUAUUCAAGCAAAAAUAGGCACUGAUGUUUCGGGAUUGUCAGAUCUUGAGAAGGUGCUGCAGAAUACAAUUAUAGUAGCAAUAGCCUUUGGGGGGGGGGGACUUUCAGUUACCUACAGCAGCUUAGGCAGCGAAAUGCGAUGCCCAGUGUUCUUUCUGUGCCUAAAGGGCAACAGUGUGAAGCUAUUUAAUUCAGUAAACAGUAGAACUUUUAACAAGAUCUCAUGUUCAGAAGUGUUUCCACCCAGGCUGAUAGUGCAUUCAUAGAAGGGUCCCUUGAAAAUAUUCUAGUAGACCUAGCCUCUUACUGGCCACUUCCUCUUUGAUCCCAUUCAAGGGGGCUUUGGGUGUUGGGACAUCUUGCCCACUUGACCAUGACACAGAGCCUUGGCUUUAGUCUCUGGUGUAUCAGUGACCAGUUCUGAGACCUCGUCAUUGCUGGGCAGGCGUGUACAGUUGAGGUUUCAAUGGCCUAGGCAAAGUCCCAACUGGACCUGAUAACUUUUGUGGUCCUUUGAGGUCUGAGGAUGGGGAGAAGACAAAAGGCUUGGGAUUAAGUCACUGUGUAGCUGAAGAAUACUUUGCAGCCAGGGAGCCCUUUCAUUUACAGAUCCAGCAGCUCAUCACGUGGUGAAACAGCAAGAGUUCUAGUUGCAGACGCUCCAUAUACCCUCUGUGCCAUGUAACUACCACCCAUCACAUCCUCUAGGCUAGGUUUGGUUUUUCUCAUUUAUACAGUCCUUACGAUGAGGCAGGGCGGAGUAGUUUUGUUGCCAGACAUACACGGCUAUUUUCCCAGAGCCCUCUCGUCACUGCCUCCUCCUAAUGGGACAUGGUUACGUUAUAUUCAGCCAUACCCAACUUUGGGCCAAAGCUGUGGGUAUCAAGUGUAGGCAGAUGCCCCCCUCUGUUGGAAAUGAGUCCAGUUUGUGAGCGUGUCGAAGUCCGUCCUGUUGAAACACUUUUAAGAAAGACGGUUCUGAGCAUCCACAGUUACAAUGGGAGCAGACUGCUGCUGCAGCUAAGGCUUAUGAUGAAUGUUAAGUCGUGAAGCAGGUUGUUGUAGCAGCAUACAGAGGAAGGGGUUGAGCAGGCAGAGCUAUUCUCUAUCCAAUAAUCAUUUCUGUAAAACUCUGCAGAGCUAGGCAAGAACUAUAUUUGAUAAAGAUUGAUUUCUUGGCACCGCACCGCUGUGAGGCUGUGUCUUAUCCUUUGCAGUUUUGGUACAGCCUUUUUUAUUAUCCUUUUUCGCCGUAGAGCAUCAUGGGGCCAUAUGGUAUUGCAUUGCUGUUGGGUCUUUCCCAGUUCUUGUGGAUCUCCAGCUUGAGGGCUGCCUUCACAUAGUGAAGUGUGGAUGCCUGUCUGAGAGGAGAAGGUGCAUGCAUGAUGGUGGUGCUGAAGUGAACAUAAGAGCUCUUCUGGAUCAGACCAAAGUUCUGUCUAGUCCAGCAUCUUGUUUUCUGCAGUGGCCAUCCAGAUCCUUGUGGGAAGUCUAGCAGUGAGGCAUCGGUGCUAUAUCCCUCUCAUGCUGCCUGCGUAUACAUUUUGUAUAGAUUCGCACAAACGCAUUACUAGGGCUGCCAUUAGCGGGAUUUAAAAGGUGGAAUUGACUUCAGGGUUGGGGGCGUUCUGCGAAAGGCGGCACUUUGUCCUGGAUCUUAGGCAAGUCAAUCGAAAAAUCACAACCCUAGCCUUACAAUAUUGGCAAUUUUAUUUUUGAUUCCUUUCCUAAUGAUCCCUGACAUGGAAUGUCAUUUUCAACACUGUUGUACCCUCAGUUGUCUUUUUCAUUGAUUUAUCCAACCCAAUCCUAAAUCGCUUUCCUAGUCAAUCACCCCACCUGCUAACAUUGACUGAACGUUUCUCAUUUCUCUCAACCUCUUUAUUUUUAUUACCCUGAACAAUUUAGUGUUCUCAGCAAAUUUGACUAUAUCGCUGCUUGCCGCUAGCUUCAGAUGAACGAGCUUAAAACCACAGGCACCGGUGCAGGUCCUUUGGGGACCCCACUGAUUAAAUUUCUCUGUUGUGAGAACAGUCUACUUAUUCAACUCUCUGCUUCCUGUUCUUUAUCCUAUGGCUGCUAAGUUUCCUCCAGAGCCUUUGGCGAGGAAUUUCUAACAGGGCAUAAUCCAGUGUGAGUUACUCCGUUGAUUUGACAUUGACUCCCUGCUCCUCUUCACAUGGCCGUGUCCCCAAGCUGUUUGAGAGUUCACCAGCUGGAAGGAAGGAAUAGUGUUAAGGGCACCUAAUACUCCUUUCAUUGGCGCCUCAGGGCCUGCUUCCAGUCAUCAGUGCAUGCUUGUGUGUGAUAUCUGUGGGUUCCAAUGCUACUAACUGCAGGAGAUUUAGGCUUCCAUUACCAUUUUGAUAGGGACGCGGGUGGCGCUGUGGGUUAAACCACAGAGCCUAGUGCUUGCCGAUCAGAAGGUCGGCGGUUCGAAUCCCCGCAACGGGGUGAGCUCCCGUUGCUCGGUCUCUGCUCCUGCCAACCUAGCAGUUCAAAAGCACAUCCAAGUGCAAGUAGAUAAAUAGGUACUGCUCUGGUGGGAAGGUAAACGGCGUUUCUGUGCACUGCUCUGGUUCGCCAGAAGCAGCUUAGUCAUGCUGGCCACAUGACCCAGAAGCUGUACGCCGGCUCCCUUGGCCAAUAAAACGAGAUGAGCACCACAACCCCAGAAUCGGCCACGACUGGACCUAACGGUCAGGGGUCCCUUGACCUUUUUACCAUUUUGAUACUUCUUUUAUAGUGCACUCACGCAGCUCUUCUCAGCAUUUGUUGAAGGGGCGUUGUGUGUCUGGGCUUCCUGAGCCUUUCCCCACUCCACCCAGUAUGGUUCCCCAACUUAAGGCACUUGUCCUUGAACCCUGUUGCAGCUGGAUUCCCGGUGCUAGUGGGCAUGCGCCCGGCAGUGUUCAAAAUUCGCCAGGCACAUUUUGCACCUAGCUAUCAGCCACUUGCGACCAAGUGAGGGUGCCAGGAGGGCGCCUGACAUCUCCACCAUCUGGAGGUGCCUGCCUGGGGAUCCUUGGAUCUUGCCUGUUUUCGCACAGUGGCAACACAUCCUUUGGGAUUCUAUUAGCGGUAUUUUAUCUGCACAGUCUGAACAGAUUUCAGGAACCAAAACGUCGUAUUGAAAAAUGUGACUUUUGCCGUCUGGCCCCCAAAUGGCAACUAGACAUUCCGUUUUGGCGACUGUAACCCUGGUUUAAGGAGCCAUUGGGCGCUGAGUUUCUAAUACUGGUGCCUGGAUAUUUGACACCACUGGUUUGAAGGUGGUACUGCCAGACAGCCAAAUGGUUUUAGCUUUGUUUGCCAGAUCAGCUUGUUUAGGCAUGCAUGUGAAUGAGAGAAUAUAUUCAGAGUACAGCCCCCAGCACCUGCAUUUACAGGGGGGAAACAGACAAGGAACCCGCAGCACUUGGGAAUUGAUGGUGUGGUGUAAUGUUUGAUUUUGGCAACUAUUUGCAUUCUGUGGUUGGCUUGGAAAGAUGGAUUCAGUCAAGAGCAAAGAAGAGCUCAGUGCUUAAAAAGAGUUGCCGAUUCCCAAGUAUGCGCUGAGCGUUGAGUUUGAUGUAGGGCUGGUUUGGCACGAGUUUUGAGUCAGUAAAUCCCCAGGUCGGAUUUCAGUAAGCUCAAUUUUCUAGCCUCUUCUCUGAAAUACGGAGGACAUGGAACCAUUGUAAGGAUGAUCUACGCGGCUGCUUUGAGCAUUAGAUUUUGAAAAGGAUGCCACCUUUUCACAGUGCAGCACUAAUGUUCCUUCUCCGGCUUGUAUGGGUUAAUAACUACUAUGACAGCUGUGGGUGUAUAUGCUUUCUCUCAGUCCCAGCAUAGAGAUCCAUAAAUCCUGAAACUGGUCCUAGCUGAGUACUGCUUAUUCUGGCAUUGACUCGCCAAGGUCUCAAGCUGUGUUCUUCCUCAGCCUUGCUGCGGGUUGAACCAUAUGCGUGUAAGGCAUGUAUUCCCUCACUGAGCUAGGGAGGGACUCUCCCAGAAGGAGGUGUUCCUGGGAGCUUUUCAGCCCAAGUACCGUAUUUUUUGCCCUAUAGGACGCACCGGCCCAUAGGACGCACCUAGUUUUUUUUAGGGGGGGAAUAAAGGGGGGGGAAUUAUUCUCCCCCCCCCCGGCGCUCUGGGCAGGAGGCUGCGGAUAUCUGCCCGAAGCGUGGGGCGCUCUGCUUCAGUGCGCCCCGCGCUCGGGGUAGCAGGCUGCUAUCCGCAGCCUGGGGAGCACUGCGGGAACUCCCACGGGCUCCCCAGGCUUGCUGAUAGCUUCCUGAAGCCUGGAGAGCGAGAGGGGUCAGUGCUCACGGACCCCUCUCGCUCUCCAAGCUUCAGCGAAAGCCUGCAUUCGCCCCAUAGGACGCACACACAUUUCCCCUUCAUUUUCAGAGGGGGAAAACGUGCGUCCUAUAGGGCGAAAAAUACGGUAUAUCCAGGCUUACAUUUUUUGAUAUUGUUCAUAUGCCUCUAGAGGGAAGAACCAGUUAAGCGUAGGUACAUUUUUCUGAAAGUCAAAGAGCUGGAGAAACGUCCCCGUGGUCCCUGGGUGAGCUGCAAAGGAGUGUGUGUUGGUUUUGACUUCAUGCUCAUGGCUUGCCUUACUCCUUACUCUCAAAAGCACUUCCCUGUGGCUGCCCCAAGUCAUUCCUGCAUGUUGAAUUGUUUGCAGGCAGCUUUGCAGAAGAUUUGGGUGAGUUCGCAAGCAGAGGUCCCUGCACUGAGAAAUAGGGAAGCACAACAUGUAGAAAUAUCUACGUUGGGGUCAUUGUUCCCUGUUUAAGAUCUGAAGCGCCCCACUUUGUUCUUAAAAACAAAAUGUGUACGUGUAAUAGCGCAUUCUUUUUCAUCUGCGGGGUUAGAAAUGUCCUGCUUUCCUAUGGUAAUUUUCUAUCACCGUUUUAUAAGUGGAAAACUUUGCCAUGAUAUUCCCUCUACUGAUCUUCAUUCUUCUAGCAGUGUGUGGUCGGGAUCUCGCACAGCGAUCCUGCCGGCUUUAAGAGGCCGAGAUGGCUAUGGCAGCCUUUUAGAAAGCUGUUUUGAUAAACUCACAGAGCUUUCUGAAUACUGAGGAAGGAAAAUUGGGGAGUUUUUAAGACCAGCUUUUUAUGUAAUGGCUAACAAAAAUUGGGAAGGAAAGUUGAGACUGAAAACCCUCUUCUUUCUCUCAAAGCAGCUACUUCUGUCCUUCCCUUGUUCUCCUCAGAGGAAUGCUCAUGCAAACUUUCCUAGAGGCCAGCUCCAUUUCAGCUGGGUUGCUGAAGACUGUUAUGCUGGGGAAAAUGAGUUAACAGCUUAGCUAUGACAAGAAUUUUCUAUCUAUAGGAAAUCCAGUUGUGAGAUCUUUACACUCAAACCUGCAGAGAGUGGCAUUUCAUGUGAGGCUCCCAUUUUUAAAAGGUUUUGCAUAAUCAAAACCAUCUGUUGGAUUUUACUAGACACCAGACAUUUUUGUUUGUUUUUUUUAAAAAAAGAAGUUAAUCCUAGAAAUUCAAACCAAAGCCUUGUGUUAUGGGCGGCUAUUUUGGGAGGGGGUGUUGGAGCUCUAGCCAGUCUGGGAAAGCCCUGCUUUAAUUGCAUGGAAAAGGGAGCGUGCCAGUUCAUACGUGAACUAUUUAAAAAUCUUUACAAAAAGGCAAGCAAUAGAUACUGUUGGCAGAGUGAAAUACAGAAAGCGUGGCUUCAUUAAUGCCAUGUGCUAAUGGCCAUGCAGUACCAUUCUGCUUUCACAAACGGUCUGAAAAAGUACUACGUAAAGACAUGUAAUCUAUUAUUGUCAUUUAGUAUUAUUUAUUAAAUUUGUAUACCGCCCUAUACCCUAUACCCACAGGUCUCAGGGCAGGUCACAGGAUAAAAUCGCAAAAUACAUAAUAAAAACAAAAGCAACCUUAUCCCCCCAACAUAUUUUAAAAGGGCAUUGGAUGGUAAUCAGCCCAAGGCCUGGUUAAAAAGGAACGUUUUUGCCUGGUGACUAAAGGGUUAGGGCCAGCGAACUUCCCUGGGGAGAGCAUUUCGCAAACAGGGAGCCACUGCAGAGAAGGCCCUGUUCUCCUGUUGCCACCCUCUGGACCUCUUGUGGAGGAGGCAUGCAUAGAAGGGCCUGAGAAGAUGAUCUCAGGGUCCAGCAGGUUCCUAUGGAAACCUGUAUAUGAACUCUGAAUUCUGUGUUAUUAUAAAAUUGUCUCUGCCAUAUGAGAAAACAGUUAGGGAUUUAAAAUGGGAGUUGUUGUUUUGGUUUCUUACUGUGUCCUUUUAUCAUGUAUUUCAUAAAAUAAACAAAUUUUUAAUACAUAAAAACAUAUUUUAAUAUAUUUAUUGAAAUAAAAUGUUUAAUUAAAUAAAUAAAAUGUAGAAUGAGACAAUGAAAGGGCGGCCUGUAUAUCAUGAAGCAGCAGUUCCCUUCCCACCAGUCAAAGCAGAAUGAGAAGGAACGUCUGAGUUAUGGUCACAUGACUUUCCUGAACAUGUGAUCUUCCUUGUGAAUAAUGUGCUCCUACCUAUAAAGCAUAUCUGAGCCCUUGCAUGGUGAAGGUGGGACUAUGAAUAAGGAAAUCCUUAGUUUAAAUCUUGUCUCUGCCUUCCCUCAAUUCAUUAGGUAGCCGUAGUCCAGGCAUAGGCAAACUUCGACCCUCCAGAUGUUUUGGCCCAGAACUUCCAUGAUCCCUAGCUAACAGGACCAGUGGUCAGAGAUGAUGGGAAUUGUAGUCCAAAACAUCUGGAGGGCCAAAGUCUGCCUAUGCCUGCCAUAGUCACUCCCAUUGGCAAUAUGGGGCUGAUACUGACCAACUUUACCCUGUCGUAUCUUACAAAAAACCUGCAAUGUGUGAAGUUCUUUUAGAAUAUGUGCAUUAUCUAAAUGUUAGGUUGUUAUUGAUGAUGAUGGCAUUUAAAAAAAGAUAUGUUCUGUUGUUAAUGAAAUGUAAGUAAGCAACAUUUACCAUCCAGUAGUAGGGGAUAUCACAGGUACUAAGAUGAUUUGCAGAGGUUUCCCAAUCAAUCAGCUGUAGAAAAGGAGCAGUUUGUGUGCCAUCCUUUUCAUAAGUGAACUGCAGCCCCUCUAGUCCUGGAAUUGUGGCUGUUUCCUCCUGAAAAGAGGGGUGUCUUAUAAUUUUUAAUGCUUACCUAGGCUUGGGAAUAGGUUAGAGAUUAGCUCUUUGGUUUGGGAAAGGCAAGUGACUGUUCUAACACUAUAUGCCAUGGAUUCAGAUGGCAUUGUUGAGUAAAAUCAGCACUCAGUUCUACAGAGCAGAAAGCAAUUGCUUGUAUCAUGGCAUCUCAGUUUGCAUCCAUUGUGGGUAUCUGUGUCGUGGUUUCUUUAGCUCCACAUCCUAGGGCACUGGGGAGGGGAGGGGGGAGCCGUGAGCCCAGGGCCAAAUGCAGCCUUCAUGUCCUCUGUCCACCGCUUGGACCUCUGCCCAGGCCAUGCCCAGUCUCUGACACUUCUCAGUGACCUUGCUCUGAGCUAAUGUCAAAGCAUUUGACUUUUCUGAGUAGUUUGCACAGAGUUUAAUGUGCAGAGUUGAUUACCCGAGGUAGAUUCACCCCAGUUGUUGCAUGUGCGAAACGAGGUCCACUCAUGCAAUAGGACUUCCUGCCCCUCUUCCCCGUGUGCCCCCUAAAUCUGCUCUGGAAGGCUGGGGGUGGGGGCUCCCAGAACAAGUUUGGGGGGGCAGACUUGGGGAGGAGAGAGUGGAAAAGUCUCGUUGUGUGAGCGGACCUUUCUCAUGUAGUGCUAUGUUGAAUUCCACCCAUUGGAUGCUCCCUUAGCUUUGCCUGGGGACCCCAACCAGAACGUCCCCCAUGAUGGAAUAUUCCCACCCCUGCCCUAGUUGAAGUGUAGCUUAUUGUAGAUCCGCUUCACCAAAACUGAAUUAGGAAAAAACAGAAUUUGGGGGUGGAGGAGGUAGCCCUUGGGGGUAGCAGCAGCCUUCUAGCGAGCAGUGGAUAGGUAUCCUCAGUCCCGGGUGUUUGACCCUGUCUCUUUCGCCCUCGUCCUGGUCUCAGGUGCCGGAUGUGUUCCCUGACCUUCUACUCCAAGUCGGAGAUGCAGAUCCACUCCAAAACCCACACCGAGGCAAAGCCCCACAAGUGCCCUCACUGCUCCAAGAGCUUCGCCAACAGCUCCUACCUGGCCCAGCACAUACGCAUCCACUCGGGCGCCAAGCCCUACACCUGCAGCUACUGCCAGAAGGCCUUCCGCCAGCUCUCCCACCUACAGCAGCACACACGGUAAGGGCCGCGAGGGCGGGGGAGCCUUCCACGCUGCAUGUGCUGCCGGCAUCUUCGCAUGAGGCAGGUGCCCGUUUGGGGGAGACUGCUCAGGGCAGUGUUGACAUUGACUGCCAGUGGUUCCCCCGUUAGUGCACUGAGCAAAAGGUACUCCUCCGUGUGUGCUCUCUAGCCCUCUUCUAAAGAGCCGCCUGGGGUGAGUGGAGGGGGGCUGUUUAGCCGUCAAAGACAGGCAUUCCUCUGUGAUCCGUGGGAGACUGAAAGCUGUAGGUCAGGACUGGCAGCCUCCCCAAACGGCACUUCCUGAGCAGCCGCCCCUACCCCCCAAGCCCACCCCAGCCCCGGGGCUCCCCAAGCGCCCAUUUCUGCCAGCCCGGUUCUCCUCUCUCUGACCUCCUGGUGCAGCUAGCGCUCUCGGACUUUCGUUCUUUCUUUGCUGGGGGCAAGAGCGCUCCUUGGUUUCCCCUCCCCUGUCGCCAGGCAGCAUGGCGCCGUCCCUCAUGUUGUCCUUGCUAGCCAGCUGGCGGUCAUAUCCCAACUGCUGCCCCUGCUCCUCCUCCUCCUCCUCCUCUUCGGCAGGAUCCACUCCAAGCUCCACACGGCGAUUGUCAAGCCGCACAAGUGCCCUCACUGCUCCAAGAGCUUCGCCAACACGUCCUACCUGGCCCAGCACCUCCGCAUCCACUCGGGGGUCAAACCCUACACGUGCCGUUACUGCCAGAAGGCGUUCCGCCAGCUCUCCCACCUACAGCAGCACACACGGUAAGGGCCAAGGAGGCUGGGGGCCCAGCCUGGCCCCCCGUGCCGUCAGCAUGCACCUUUUUGGAGCACGCACGCCAAGCAUGCAGAGUGGGGGGGCGCGGGGGGUGGGGAGGCGGACCGGCCCCGUCAAUCGCAAGGGAGCGGCCCACCAGAGAGGAUGGAGUGAGGGCUGCAGAAAAGACAACUGACCAUGCCAGGGCAGGGGCGGGCAGGGGCCUGCCCUGGGGAAGUCUCCCUCCCCCUCCCCACUUUUCCCCCAGGGGGUCACAGAGAGAGAGAGCGGGAGGCAGACACGGGUCAUUAGGGGUCCCGACCUAUGGGAAGGGGGAGGGAGGACAGGAAUGGGAGCAAGGGUGUGGGGAAGCUUCCACUGGAUAGAAAGGAGAGCCACUUCCUUUAGCAAUUUUGGCCUGGCAUUGGGGUUGGUCCUUUUGGAAGGCCGAUGAAUGGAUCUGUGGGGCUGUCCUUGGGCGCUGUGGAGGGCAGAGGAGAUUGCCCAAAGGCCUCCGCCCGAGCAGAGAUCUUGCUCUCCAGUCCCUUGCCUUGGCACGGCCGCGGGUGACUGUGAUACCGGUGAGCUUGCCUUUUGCCCAGGAGCUGCUUGUCCCUCUUCUUUUGUCCUUGCACGAUCUUGCAUGCUUCUCCCUGCCCUUAGCUAGCUCAAGUCGAAGGAGGAAGGGUUUGCGACACGGGGGUCACACAAGAGAAGUGAACGAAUAAGCCUGGUGGAGGGGAGUUCACCUCUUGCUUAGCUCAUCUGUAGGGCUUGCUGGGAGCAGGGUUCUGUUUCAGUGUUUCUCCGGCUCAUCUUCCCUUUGCGCUUUUCCUUUCUGCGGCAGGAUUCAUACUGGAGACCGGCCCUACAAAUGUGCUCACCCUGGGUGCGAAAAGGCUUUCACGCAGCUCUCCAACCUGCAGGUAAGGUGGUGAAAUUGCUUCAUACUCCCUUUUGAAGUGUGGCACUAUAUGGUCCUUCGUCUCUCCAAACCAGAGCGGAAAAGACUUGUGACUGGAGAGUGUUAGAAAAAAAGGCAUCUCUAUAUCUGUUCAUUCCUCAAGUGCAGGAUCUGUGGGUGUGACCAGGGUUGUGUUGAGAGCCUAGAAUGAGCAGGAAGUUGUUUACUGUAAGGGGGGGGGCAUUCAUCAGAAUUUAAAAGAACUGUGAAAAUAUUGAAAUCCUUGGAGUUAUUUUUGGAGGGUGGGCUGGGGAUAAGACAGCUCCCAUUGAUCUCAGUGGGCCCUAAGUUCAAACCAGUUUAGUCUGCUUUUAUGGAUAGCUCAGUUGCUUAGAGCGUGGUGCUGAUAAUGCCAAGGUUGCUGGUUCAGUCCCCACAUGGGAUAGAUGCCCUGCAGGGGAUUGGACUAGAGGUUCCUUGGGGUCCUUUCCGACUCUACAAUUCUAUCAUUCUCUGAUUCCAAUAUUAGUAGUUUUAGCACCGAUAUUGCAUAAAAUUAAUGAAGUGUUCACUAGACAUUGUGCAAUAAAUGGAACAGACCAGUUUUAUCCUACUGCAGGCUUGCAAUUCUGAAUCAAAAUAAGCAGCCUGAAGAAAUGUGUGUGUGUGUGUGUGUGUGUGUGAGAGAGAGAGAGAGAGAGAGAGAGAGAGAGAGCGCGCGAGCUGGAAGUCUGAGUAUCUGUUAAAGGACAAGGCAAGGAUGUUCAUAUGUGGCUUUUUUCAAUUACUGUGGUGCAGUCUGAUUUGGUUGCUUAAGUAAUCGUGGGAAGAUCAGUGGUUGUUGCCUGUCAGAGUAGGUAGAUAGCUACAUCUAUAAAAAUUAAGAUGUUCCUAUCAGUAUGAAUAGUGACAAAUCUGAAUGCUGAAUUCAGAACAGCUGCCAUUGCUUCCUGUGAACCGUGUGUGUGUGUGUGUGUGUGUGUGUGGAAUAUGCUUGUUAACUUGACUACAUAUGAAUUUUAAUGGCUUGGGGGGAUGGGGGAAGCAUGCAUUGCAGAAUACAAAUUCUAAAAAUUAAAGGCUUUGCUUGAGGAUUUUGGAAAGGGUAGCUUAGGGUGUGCUUGCGUCCUUUUUAUGCUGAACAAACCUGAAAUGUGGUAUGAGUUUAGAGCAGAGAAACAAAGAAGGAUGGGAUAAGGGAGAAGGAACAUUGGGAGGGAUGGGGAAAGAGAUGGGUAGAUGGAGAACCUCGUGAAGUGCCCAGGUUUGAACUCUGGACACAGCAAUUUAAGCAAGGUUUAAUUAACCUGUCUUCAUAGGGGAAGGGCCUGGAGCCCAGGAAACAAAACUGGAUGCUAAAUCCCAACACACUGGCCGCUUUCUUGGUUACUGCAUAUUUAACCUGAUAAGUUAAAUAUUUCUCAAAGUCGUUUUCAGAAUAUUUUAAACGAAGGCUGGUGGUUCAGUUAGCAGCCUCUUAAUGAAAUACCAUAUAUAACUAAUCCCAACUUUGCCAAUGCUAGCGUCAAGAAGAAAAGGAGACGGCUCUCCUCUCUUUGCCGUCUGGUGCGUUUAGGUCCACUUUACCCCCUUGCAAUGCCCCACACCUUUUGUGGAACAGAUUCUACACCGCUUGCCCAUGAUGGCAGCAGGGAGAAGAGGAGGAAGGACAAGUCAACUCACACAACUUUAAAUAUUGCUCAAAGUCUGCUAAGCGACAGCUGAUCUCUCCUAAGUGGAAGUAUGGGGCAAAGUAAGGAGAUGAGGAUCAGCAAGACUCUGAAGCCACUAUUACUUACCUUGGCCUCUGAGAAAUGGAAUAGAGACGGUAGGGAAAGGGCGAAUGGGUCUUUUAACAUGGCACCACAAUAAGAAGCUAGGUUUUAUCAAUACAGCUUCUGCUGUGUGUGCAUAUGUGGAUAGAGAGAGCCAGUGUGGCGUAGUGGUUAGAGUUGCAGACUAGGACCAUGAAGACCUGGGUUCAAGUCCCUGCUCAGCCUGCCAAAGAGAUCACUUAUGAUCUUUGUCCAGUCACUUAUUCUCACUUCUUCUGUCUCACAGCCCUGAGCUUCAAGGGCUUGAUAAAUGAAAGUAAUGGCGGGUGGGUUGGGGGUACCAUGUUUGCAGCCUUGACCUCGGAGGAGGGUGGAAUAUAAAUGAAGCAAAUAGCAUGCUUAUGUCUUAAGUAUAAAUGAAACCUGCAUUGGUUUCAUAUCACUUUGGGUUCCUUAAGUGCAAAGGCAAUUAACCAAGAGGCCAGUUCACAUAUGUAUGGCUGUCCAAAGCAAGCAUAAAUCUCUGGCUGUAGAGUAUGUUGCAGGUUCAGUAUGUCAGGUCAAGAGCAAGCUUGAAGUCUCAGAUGCAUAGAGAUUUGAAGGACCUCUAUGGAAUCAAGACUUGGAGCACUUGUUCUUGAGCUUGGAAUUCUGGGGUGACUACCAGCUAACUUGGCCUUUCUCAACCUUGGGCCCUCAGAUGUUGUUGGACUACAAUACCCAUCAUUCCUUGCUGCUAGGACCAGGGGUUAGGGAUGAUGGGAGUUGUAGUCCUACAUCCUAUAUGAAGAAUCAUGUUCCUCCCUACAGAGAAGGAACUUAAUCAUGGUAAGCAUCAACGUUUGCAUCUGGGGACAUAGGUGUAGCCGAGGGGGGGGCAGAGGGGCAACUGCCCCCCUCCAGUCAAGUGAAAUAAUGACAACACUUAGCUAACUGACCAGUCAUGUUGGUUCUGCCCCCCCCCAAGUCCUCCCCCCCCCCAAAGAAAUCUUGGCUACGCUGAUGUCCGGGGACCCUUAAAUAAUCCAAUAGCAGAAUGGGCAGGGGGUCCAUGUUCUGCAAUUACCCCUGCGGCAUCAUCUCUGAACCUGCUCAAGAAGAUUCCCCCGACCCUCCAGACCAGAUUUUGGGGUUGCACAGGGAGAGAGGGGGUGAUAAAAAAUGGCCUCCUCUUCUUGUUCCACUUACAGAUUCCUUCCAGACUGUUAUUAUUGGGCUCCACCCUCGUUUCUGACUCAUCAGUAGUGGGGCUGAAGUCUAACUUUAAUCCACUCCCCUUCUCUCUCCUCUGACGCUCUGCAGUCCCACAGACGGCAGCACAACAAAGACAAACCAUUCAAGUGCCACAACUGCCACCGUGCGUACACGGACGGCACCUCUCUCGAGGUCCACCUGGCCACCCACACGGUCAAGCAUGCCAAGAUCUACAACUGCUCCAUGUGCAAUCGGGCUUACACCUCAGUAAGUACCAUCCUGUGUUGGCUGGGGGUGGGGGUGUGUGGAAACCAGGUGGCAACUGAUAGGUCUUGGCAGUUCUUUGAAAAGAGAUUCCCCAUGGCUUCUCUGUUAGUAUGAAGGAGAUCGUUGUCCUGCCUGUCUUCUGUCUGUCUCUCUGUCUGUGUCUGGUUUUUAUUUUCCAUCUCUCUUCUAUUACAGGAGACAUACCUGAUGAAGCAUAUGCGGAAACACAAUAUCCCUGAUGCCCAGCAACAGGUGGCUGUGGUCCAAGCCCAGGUGCAGGCCCAGGUGCAGGCCCAGGUCCAAGCCCAAGUUCAAGCCCAAGUUCAAGCCCAGGUCCAAGCCCAAGUUCAAGCCCAGGCUCAAGCCCAGGCUCAAGCUCAAGCUCAGGCAUCGCAACAGCAGCAGCAGCAGCAGCAGCACUUCCAGUCACAAGGUGGCGGGGCAGCCGGGGGCCCGUCUGGAGACAACCCUCCCAACCCGCCGCCCCAGUGUUCCUUUGACCUUUCCCCUUACAAGACUUCGGAACAUCACAAAGACAUCUGUCUCACGGUUAGCACCAGCGCCAUCCAGGUGGAACAUCUUUCCAGCUCCUAGAGACCUUGCUAGAGGGGAACGGGGGGAAAACUCCUUGCUCGUAAUCUGUGCCUGAGGGCAUUUCUGGUGUGGCGGCCUCCCCUCGUGCAGCAGCCUCUGGCCUCUUCUUCUACAGCUUCCCUUUGGGUGGGCGGGGGGAACGGGAAACGGGGGCUGUGUCCCCGUAGCGGCUGCCCCUUGGCUCAACCAUUCGUGCUUCGAGGCGCAACCACGGCACGUCCUAGACGGGAGGGGAAAGAGCCCGCUACUUGUGAGAGGGGGUCCUCGGCUUCAGGAAGCAUCUUUGGCUUGUCCAGGGAAAGCCCCCGUUUCUGUCACUUUACGAGACGAAAGGAGAACGCCCUUUGGUUGCCUAAGUGAGGUGAAGCUGUUUGAAGGAAGGGGCUGCAGCAGCGGUUGGCCGAUGGCGGAUGAACGAGGGCAAGGGAGCCUCUGGAAGCUUUCCCUUGGGUGGGGAGCGGAGAGCGCUUGCUCUUUUCGUCUCCCCUCCUUACAAAGGGGAGGAAGAAUGGCUGCUCCAGUUCUAGGUACCAAAUGUGCCCACCUUGCAGACGUGUAGGCAAAAAGGGGGUGUUGCAGAGGGUUUGACCUCUACCGGCCGAAUCACACGCCGUAGGUGGCUGGCGUUGAGGUUGCAAGCCUUGCUUUCCAACCAGAUGCAGAAGUAAUGGGGGGGGGGAGUCUCAGCCCCCGUUGCAACAAUAAGCCUGCUGCAGAUAAUAAGAUGAAAGUCUGAACCAAAACAAAAUAAGCAGCUGGUGGUGACAGUGCCAAAAUGAAGCCCGGUCCCUUCCCUCCGAGAGGAGGGGAGGUUGGGGGCUGGCGAGGCCAUCCUUCUGACUUCUUCCCCCCCAGGAUCACGGGCCGCACCCCCAAAAGGGAGACCUUUCUGAGGGGCCAAGGGGAAAAGGAACUGCUGAGCUGCUCCUUGCUGCAACAUCAUCCAAAUGCUUCCUUUGCUCUCUCGAUCGCCAAGAAAAAACCGGAAGGAGGUGGCUGCGGUGGCAGCAGCACACAGACAGCAAAGCAGCGACUGAAUCUUGCAGAGGGUGGACAGUUGAGAAGAGGGGAGACGAUGGAAACAGCCGCUCACACAGAGAGAGAGACCAAUGAAAAAAGGGGGGGGGAACCCCAAGCAUAGACUCAAACUCCCAUUGAAUUUAAAUAUAUCUAUAUAUAUAUAAAUAUAUAUAUACAGAUAGAUAGAUAUAUCUAUUCACACCCCAGCCCCAUUUGGCCUGCUCUGUCCUUGCUGUAACUGUUUCUAUCUGUGUUUAUAAAACGCAUUAUCCUUGCGCACUUUUAUUUUUCAAUCCUUGAUUUAUGCCCUUUCUUGCUCUCACCAUCUUCCAAGUUACUUCCCCCGUUUUCUCUUCUUCUGCUUUCGCCAUCUUCCAAGUUAUUUCCCCCGUUUCCUCCUCUUCUGCCCCCGCCCCAAUCUCUCUCUCUCUAAUCUUGUGGUUUCCUAUGCCAUCAUUUCAAUUUUCCUAGUUAUCACUUGAAUCACAGAAGAAGGGAAGGAAGGUGGGGGGGGGGGAGCUGAUUGGAAUUUGAGCAACAACAAGGAAAAGAUCCCUUACGGGCAUGUGAAUACCGCAAGGGGAGAUUGGGGGGGGGGUUGUAAGGACUGUGCUUUUUUUAUAUAAAAAAAUAAUACUGGUGCAUAAAAUAGAAAUUGGUUCAGAUGCUUUUCUAUGUGAAUGAAGAGGUACUGGGAAUCGUUGGCAGUAGCUGCAUGCCCAAGGCCAAGAGUAUGGGGAUUGCAUGUUCUCCUCUCAUCCAUGAGAGAUCCGGCCAAGCAGGAACAUUGCAAGCCACCUUCUAUGCAAACUGCUCUUGCUUCCCUGAGCAGAAAGCAGCUUCUGCUUGAACACAAAUCCAUAAGUGACCUGAUAAUUCUUGGGAUGGACUGGGACUGAAAAAUAACCUUCCCCUCCCCACCCACCUCCAAUGGGCCCCACGAAGCCCCACUGAGACUAAAAGGUGCAUUGACAAAACUGAGGUUGGGCUCCAGGGACUGUGAUGAAUUUGAAAGUGUGUGUGUGUUGUCUCUGUUGUCAGAUGUGGUUGCGAAUAUCCUAACAAAAGUGUCAUGCGUGUACGCUCUGUGUGUGUGUGUGUGUGUGUGUGUGUGUGUACACGAACAUGCACAUGUCUGGCUGAAUCCUACACUUCCUUCUCCUUGGAGUGUGAAUUACCUGGGCCUGAUAAUAUAUGUCUUGGUUGAUAAUGGUUGCUAACAUUGUUGGAGCUGCAGGAAUGGUGUGUCCUCUUUUAUUUCCAUGUACCAACUUCCACAUGCCAGCCAUAACCUUGAGUUUGUAACUAAAGUUGUUGUAUGUGAAUACCCAUGCAGUGUUUCAGCAUAAGAGUAAUUCCAAUUCCUCCCAGAAAGAUUGGGGCAGGUCAACACUUUUGUGAGCCACAAAUGAGGCAGUGUUGCCAUUUCCCUAACACAGCAGAGUCUAAGGCUGUGUACAGACCAUAACUGAAGCAUAUGAGAACACUGUCCGAGCCAGUACCUAUAUUCAUGUCUCCCCGCUCCCCAAUUAUGCUCAAAAGGUUUGUAAUUGGCAAAACUUGUUUGACCACAGAGGGGCAGCAUAUGAAUGUGUGUACCAUGGGCAAGAGUGGAACACUUUUGUAUGCUGAUUUCAGGUCUUUGAGAAAAAUAUCUGUGCACUGCUUUCAGCACUUAAGGAGUCAGAUAAUGUGUCUUGAAGAUGGACACGAAUUCAUCUUGUACAUGAGAACGCAAACUCUUUCAUGCUCCGACUUCCGGGGCUUGUUUAAACUGACCUUUCGACUCACUCACCAGGUUGAAGCAGCUAUCUCAGUCUCCUCACUCCUCCGUGAGGAAGUGACUAUGGGGUGUACGUUGAGAAUCCUGUUUUCCAAGCAUAGAAACAGCCAGUGUCCUUAAUCUGAUGUGGGCCAUUGAGAUAAAGAAUUAGACAGGGCUGAGAGUUGCUCAUGGUUCCAGAUAUUGAAGCCUUUGGAGGGGUGGAGUUGCAAGAAUUGAACCUACCUGUUGGUCCUGGAAAUUUAACAGGACGUGAGUUGGGGUAAGAGCACCACAGUCCAUUUGGCAAUCAUAAAGCACCUUGCGUAUGUGGGCAUCUUCCCAGACUGGCACCCCUUUUCUGCACUCCCAUACCUUGGCUGCAGUUGGUGUUUCGGUCAGCAUUCCCACCUCCUGAGCUGCACCAGAGAGGGGAGAGAUCUGGGGGAAAUGGGUAGUGGGAGCCGAGAACACAGCGUUGCUUAUGGUGAAUAGAAGAGCGCUUCUCCGCAGACACAGUGUCAAAAGUAGCCAAUGAAAACACAUCAAGUCCAGAAAUGCCAAAUGUUCCCAAUGCUGGGCAGUGUUGAUGCUUUUUCCGUCUUCGGUAAAGAAAGAGUACCAGUGGAAUUCGGGUCACUGAAUAUUAAGGCAACCAUUUCCUGUUUUUGCUCGUACCUCGUUAAAUCUCAGCAUCAGUUCAGUGUAAUUUUCACUUCUCUCAAAAGACCUUCCGAGUUGCAUUUCCCAGAGGGAGAGGGGUAUUUUAAAUUUCAAACUUUUAAUAUUGCAUUAGAUCUUUUUGUAUUUAAUUUCAUUACUUUUUUUUAAAGAAUAAACUCCGAAAGCCCUCUUAACCUUCAUGAGACCA